GUGUCGAACGAGUGUAUAUAGUACAUCCCCGGUAUCCCCACCGAUAGCCCAAAGGCCCUGCGCCGAGCAGCAGCCGUGGGGUCACCAAAUAAAUUAUGUCAAACAGACCACAGUGGCUCGAGCCUGAGGAACUUGAACCUAUUGCAUGUCGAGUACGAAAGUGUCCACGAUGCAUGGUGGACGGUAGUAGGAACGUUCUGUAAAGUCAAUUUUCACAGAGAGACCGUAGAGUCUGAAUUCGCAGCAAAGAAACUCGUGGAAUUGGUGUUUCUCGCGUUAGUUGUGAGAGAGGAACGAAGGUGUUGUGUUGUGAGUGUGUCGCUGACUCGUUUGUCGCUCCUGUGUGGAUGUUUGCACCUGUGCGAUUUUUUUUGGAAGAGUUAUGCUGACGCUACAGCAUCGGUUAUAAUAAAUCCAGAACGCGACUGGCAUGACAGCUCCCUAAGCGCGGCCAUAGAAGAUUGACAUCGGAAGAAUCCAUUUGAGAGGAAGGGAACAAACAAUAGCACGGAAAUGGGGCUGAGGCGUCGACGCAACAAAUUAUGGGGCGGAUCGAUGAAGUAAUUAUUUAAGGACAUUAACGAGCAACGGGGGGAGGAAAAAAUGAUGACUGCCAUGGCAAGGCUUCCCUGUAAGCAGACUUCACCUUCACAACAGCCAAGGGUCAACAAUUUUGGCAACCGGGGUUACUGGGACAUGCAGGCGCGACACCCUGCACCGCCCUACGUCAGGAACCAUCAUCGACACCACGUCGAUCAAACAGGAAAGAGAAAGAGUGCAGUGGAGCUGCUACAGGAGUCAAAGGCCUUUUACGUGAAGAGCGAGACCGUUCUGGAUCGGAAGCAGGAGCUUAAGAAUAGUGGGCAUCUUCAGGUUUCUCAGCUUACUGCACCCGGGGCACCGCCAAGACUACUCAGGAAGUGUGGUAGUUCCGGACCAUGCUCGUUGCAGCAGAUAUCACCGCAACUGACAACCCCGAUAACGUCACCCUGUUGCUGGGCAAACUGUCACGAGCAGGACAGACCCGACGGUAUCCUGAGUCCUCAACGAGCACUGCCACCGGCCCUACCUCCGAAGAGUCCGCGACUUGUUCCGGUUCCACAACGACGCACCAUUUCCGGACCACCGAGCGGAACUGGGAGUGAUCAGUUGCAAACGAAACUUAGGAGGCUUUUGAAUACUGACAGCAAGGAAAAUGUUUUUUUCCCGGAUACUCCACCGCCGACGGCUCAGAAUAACGGGGUUGGAAGAGAGGACAAGUUCAGAUACUCACCCGGAAGUCUCUCUCCUGGCUGUAGAGACAAUAACCAUACACUGCACUGCGCGCCUUCGGAUAUCCGCUUCAAAUUUGGGAGAAGUCAUUCGCAUUCUCAUUCGUCUGGAAGAUCAGGCAAAAAAUCCAGCAACUCAUCACCAGCCGAAACUGUAUGUCACAAGUCCCUGCCAGAUCUUCACACGAGCACUCGACGUAGGUCAUCGUUGUCACCACGUGCGUCAUCAAAGUCAUCGUCGAAACAGCCGACGUCUGGUCAUCAUCAAUCGAUGAAUAAUUGUCCGGAUUGCGAAACGAGCUCUGACUAUUCCGAGCACAGUUUCAAACGAGAUUCCAUAUGUUAUCGAAGUUCUAGACACAUAAGAAGAUCCUUAGGCUCGGGUGGCGGUGAUGCCAGCAGCGUCUUAUCUUCUGGUGGCAGAACUCAAAAAUCGUCGGGAUCCAGUAAACUGAGUCACGGGGCAACAGCUAGGGAUUCCGGUGGCUCAUCCGGACACUGCACGCAUCGUAGUGAACCGCCCCCAAGGAUACAAGAUUGUUGGAGUCACAAUCGUAGAGACAGUGGGGCGUCCACUCAACAUUCUACGGAGAAAGACAGGUCUAGGAAGAGCAGCUAUGGCAGCGGCACACCGCCAUCUGUAGUGAGACCAUACAGUCCUGAUACAGAGAGCAGUAACAGUCAAACGGAUUACAGUCCUACGUGUAACUCAAGGUUCUCUGACGGUUGGAAGGAGGGACGGGGUCGACCAAUUUUAAGAUCAAAAUCGGAUAUUAGCGAUCGCUAUUGGCGCCAUGACAAUCUGCGAAAUAACAAGUUACCAGUGCGACCUCCGCGUUCGGUCACCCAACUCGAAAACUUCUUCGAUCGCUUGGGCCUCGAUUCGGAUAAUUAUCAACGCAUUACCGAACCCGAUUCGAAAUCCUCCUCUCCUGUCUUCUUCGAUAGUGUUAGCUCGGUAGACUCAGCCCUUGGUCUCUACUCCUGGGUCGGAAACUCUCAGACGAAUCAAACGAACCAGUGGCAGAACAACAACUGUAGCGUCGGAAUGGGCAACGACGAUUGCAAUCAGAGGGUAAGUGAUCCGCCGAGUAUCGUCGAGAGAAAUGCCAGAAUAAUCAAAUGGCUUUGUCAAUGUCGCAAAGUACAAUUUGGUUUCAGUUAAGCGUACCCGUUCGAUGCGUUAUGACUAAUACAGUCAUUUGAUUCUUUUUUUUUUUAAUUCUUUAAUCAUCGCCUAUUCGAUUCAACUUCGUAAAAUUUUGUUUCGAACAUUUUUUAUCGUUCCUUUCAUCUUUUCGUUGUCGCAUUAUACCUGAAGAAUUUUUAAUUAAAACGUUAACUUCAUUACCCAUAGUGUUUGCCCGGUUACUGUAAACUUCUUAUGGAGUCGCGGCUGUACGUUGAUACGUGAGCUUUACUGGUUCUUUUCUUUUAAUUUCUUUUUUUAACGUUAAUGCGAUUAUUAAUAGAAUGCUUCUUCGAGAUGUGAUCGUGUCUCGGAAAACAUCUGUGCCAUCUACUUUUUGCUAUUCAUUAAAUUCUUUGUUAAGGUUGUUCAUGCUGGAGUCGCAAUCGUGUUACGUUUUCGUUGUUAUCGAACUCGUGAUUUAUCUUUUUUGUCUCGUCCUUUUAAAUGUUUUGCUCUUAGUAACUUAGUAUGUAUAAUAUUAUCAGGGCACAGAUUCUAUGCAAAUAAUACUGAACCUAUUAAUAUAGCGGUUUUUAGUCACUUAGAUUCGUGAUUACGCGUUGCUUUAUAUCUUUUUAUUGAAUAUAUUUGUUAUUAUUAUUACGAUUAUUAUUACCGGGAACAGCUCAUCUAUAACGUUAUACGAGUGUUUUUCUAAAGUGAUACAGGGAAAUAAUCCGUUAAAUUAUAAUUGAGGUAUUAUUAUAUGGAGGGAAGUACGAAGUGGGAUAUUAUAUAUAAAUUGAAAAAUUAUUAUCGCGUUCACGUUGUCCCACUUUUAAAACCACAGAGAAAUACUCGUAUGCUAUGUAUGUUCUUGUUAAUUUUGUCAGAUUGUUUAUGAUGAAAAUUUCGAGGAAAAAUGUAGCAGAGGGAGUCAAGAGACGAGAAAAAGAAACACGUGACAAAGAAAAGAAAGAAUUAAUGAAAGAAACGAUGCCUUCGCUUGCUGGUCCUUUUGAGCCACAAACGUGAAAAAUCACUCAAUUAAUAUUAACGUUCAAUAUCUUCGUAUAAUUAAAAGUAUAGAAACACCCGAUUAGCGUAUAUACGUAGAUCAAAGUCCAACGAUAAUUAAAGAGUUGACUUGGAUUACGUCUCGGGAAUUUUGUCAAAAUGGGAAUUGACGUGGCUGUGUUCAGAAACAAAAAAAGAAGAGGUAAUCUAAAACCUACCCGAUCAAUCAUUAUCAAUGAAAAGGUUAUAAAUCAAUGAAUAAAUUCAACCACGCCGUUUGGCAAUCUGGAAUUGCAUGCACUUUAAACACUUGCACAAAGAAUUUAUUAAAUUAUUUGCAGUAUCAAUAGUCAAUGCUCACUCUGUUAAUUGAAUGGUAAACGAAUCAGGGACUACUGUAAAAGUAAGGACAAUCCUCAGAGUCUUAUUUUCACUUGUCACUCUCGAAUCAGACUUUUUCAUAGAACCUCACCAAAUGGAAUUUCAUUAAAGAAUUAAUUUGACGCAUCAAAGUGGUUGCGUCGUGGGCACCUUAAUAACACGAUUAAUUAAGUAGAGCACGUCUCAAUUCAACUCUUCGGUUAUUGAAAAAAAUUAUCUAUCGUGCUGUACUUAUAAAUACAUAAUGUACUUGCGAAAGAAUUGAACAUCUGUUAACUUAUGACAAGUGCAGUUCGCAAUAUUGCCGACGUGGCGCUGCAGCUGACGUUCGUUACUAUAUCGAUAUGCGCAGUGAUCGAUGCAUGAGGUUAACAUUACCAAUAUAUUAGUGUUAUUACGUUAUACGGUAGGUACUAAUGUGCAAUGUGCAGUGGGCAUGUUUUAUUGCAUCCUGGUGCGACGACCACUACACGGACUGACCAACGACAGAUAUAUGUUGCUGCGAAACAAUACAAGUUUCAGUCGACUGUUAUACACGAGUUAAUUGGUUUCUUUCGUAGAAUCUCCUUUAGUGAUUGAGAAAUGCUAGAUUUUCAAAGCCCCUUCUCCCUGCAGCUAAUGAAAAACGGAGGGCGGUUAUGUACUUUGUUGAAGCUCGAAAAGGUUUUUGACUACUGUUGUGCAAUAAUAUGCCUGCCGCGAAAGUUCGUUACGUAAAUGUAAAACGUAGUUUUGAAGGUCGAAAACACGUUGGCCAAAAUUCAUAUUGAUCGUUUUUCGCAAUCACGAGUUCCGCGAGAAUUAUUAUGAAGCCGCAAUUUUAAUUGCCAACGGAAUAUUAAAUCGUGUAUUUCGUACUUGUUUCUUUAGGAUUCAAGAAUUAUGUGAAACGCUACUUUCAUGUUCUGCGCGGUCGUGCCUAAAAAUUGUACGUCGUCGGAUACGCCUCUUUGUUAUUUCAUGUAAAGAACGUACUACAUACAAUUUUGACGAUACCGUUUUACCACGACUGUAGGACAGGAUACUCGGAAGUAUUUAUUCGAUCAGCGACAAUUAUUGUACUUUUCUCACUGAUAAGGAACAAUCGAUACAAUAUACUGUUACAUUUUUUUCAAGGAUACACAGGACGCAGGAUAUACACGGUUACUCAGGACUGUCGGACCACCUGAAGAUUGUUCUACCAUAGUAAUUCAUAAAAUUCAGAUCGACAGAACCAUCUUCAGGUGAUGCGAUAGUCCCUGAAUAACCGUGUUUAUACAUAUAUUUAGAGUUUCUGGUACGUGUAGUUUUGUAGCCAGUAUUUCUCAGAUUACGUAGUUUAACGAGAUGAGAUAAAUAUAUAUAUAUUGUAUUACGAGAAAUUGCAUUUAAAAGAAAAUCUGCAUUUAGCGUACGUUGACCAAAUAUUUGUUAGGCAGAUCGUAAUGUAUUUUGAAAAUGGAGAAUUUUUAUUUCAUAUAUUUUGCGCAAGCACCUUCAGACGUCUUAAAUGGAAACGACGCUCGCCUCGGUAGAGCGAUCAGUCGUGAUUGCGAAUAUUUUAAAUUUUCAUUGUAUCCAAGAAAUCAAAAUUAUUACGCUAUGAAAUUUAAUGAUGCGUUAACGAUGUUUUAUAUUUAUGACUUCGCUCGCUUAUUUAAAGAAUGCCCUGAGUGUAGAACACGUGUCUGUAAGUAAAUUUGGCCUGGAUCCUUGUGCUGUCCUAAACGUGAUAUUAAAACUUUCUUCUUAAUUUUUACGCGCACAAAAAUGCCAAUAACGUAUGCAAGAAGUUGCGAGGUCGUAUAAAAUAGAGAAUAGACAAAUUUCAUGGACAAAUUGAACGCAGAGUGAUUGUUACGUAUGCGCGAAAAGUUGUCAAUUUUGAAAUCAUUAAAGUUUGCUCAAUCUCACGACCAGACUCCUUAAGCUUUAUUUUUCACAUCUCGUGGUUCAGGUAUUUCUGUAAAUAAGCGAUCGAUCGAGGGAACUGUUAAAAAAAAGAAACAUGCAGUUGAAUUUUGAACGAGAUAGUUAUUAGGUCUCCCUUCACUCCGUUGGUGGACACAAAAAUUUACUUAGAUAUUUCUACACACUAUUUAUGAUGCAUAAUAUUUACCAUUGUUAAACUCGUGAAUUUUCAUCAAUUGCUUUUUUUUUUAUAAUCUAGUCAGGUAGAACAAAAUAUGUUUAACUCUAAAAGUAAUAUUAAAUCUCACCUGUAUACCGUGGUACCGUUUUUUCAUUUUUAUAUUUUAAGAUCAUUUAUGAGAUUGCAGAUUGUAAAGUUGGAGAUUCACUUAUACCGAUUGACGUUAUACCCGAAAUAUACACAAGCGAAAAGUA